UCAUCCCUUUCACUUCACACUAUUCAAACCCCAAAAUCCCCCAAAUUUUCCCUUCAAUGGCUCCAAAGGCAGAGAAGAAGCCAUCAGCUGAGAAAGCUCCUAAGGCCGGCAAGAAGCUGCCGAAGGACGGCGGAGCUGCUGCUGCUGGAGACAAGAAGAAGAAGAAAUCGAAGAAGUCGAUUGAGACAUACAAGAUCUACAUCUUCAAGGUGUUGAAGCAGGUUCAUCCAGAUAUAGGUAUUUCAAGUAAGGCUAUGGGAAUCAUGAACAGCUUCAUCAAUGAUAUCUUCGAGAAGCUUGCUCAGGAAUCAUCCAGGCUUGCUAGGUACAACAAAAAGCCUACCAUCACUUCUCGGGAGAUUCAAACUGCUGUUCGAUUGGUCCUUCCCGGUGAAUUGGCUAAGCACGCCGUCUCUGAGGGUACUAAAGCUGUUACCAAAUUCACUAGCUCUUAGAUUUAGAUUUGUUUGUUUUCUGUCGAUUUUUCUGUUGGAUUUAUGAUUUUCGAUUAGAUUUGGUGUGAAGAACAGAAGAAUUGAAUAUAGAAUAGAUUUGAUUGAGUUCAGUAAAUGAAAUUGUUAUAUCCAAAUUUUCUAUUCUAAUAGUUCAUUUUUGUGCUCAUGA